AUGGCAUCGAGUCUACAAUGGGCAGCGCCCAGAGAAAUGUCUUUUGAAGGCAACGUCAGCGAGAACUAUCGAAAGUUCGAAGAACACUGGAAUCUAUUCGAGAAAACAGAACUUAAAGGAAAAUNCGAAGAGGAGCGAUGCUCGUAUUUUCUGCUCUGCAUUGGCGAGAAGGGUCGAGAAGUGUACAAGACACUGGACCUUCCUGACGAAACGACGACUGACGACAAAGGCGAGACAGUUUGGAACAGGACUACAGCGGAUAUCAAGACGGCGUUCAAGACUUACUGUAACCCGAGAAAGAACAUCACUUUUGAAAGACACAAAUUCAACACGAGAAACCAAGAACAAGGGGAGACAAUUGAUCAAUACGURACAGUAUUGAGGACUCUUGCUUCACUGUGUGAGUUCAAAGAUCUCAAAGACGGACUCAUACGCGACCGGAUUGUGUGCGGCAUAUCUGAUCAAUCCCUGAGGGAACGCUUAUUACGCGAAGCAGACCUGAGCUUAGACAAGGCACUCAACAUUUGCAGAGCAUCCGAACACUCCAGACAACAGCUAAAAACUAUCUCAGAGGCCAAGAACGCGAACGUAGACUUCGUCAAACAACGACAACCCAGAUACAACGAACGCCACACCCCCACGCAGACAAGAACGACAGGCGACUCCAAGCAAAAGCCAUGCGGUAAUUGUGGAAUCCUACACAGGCCAAAAUCAUGUCCUGCCUACGGGAAAGAAUGCAACAGUUGCUCAAAGCUCGGACACUUUGCAAAAUACUGUCGAUCAAGCCAGCAACAGCAACAAUUUCAGCAGAAAUAUCAAACAAGAAAUCACCGAACACGUGUACACGAAGUAGAAUACGACGUCAUUGAGAGUGAUUAUUCCGAUCAGAUUACAAUAGACUCUGUCAACGAAAGCAUCGAUCACAACGAACAGUAUGCAGACAUUCGCAUUGGUAACAAGGACCUGAAGUUAAAACUCGACACCGGAGCAGAAACAAGCGUCUUAACAAAGGAGGAUUUCUACAAAGUCGUGCCUCGUAAGCGUCGCCGAGAAAAACUACAAUCGUCCCACGCAAGACUCACAGCUUUUGGUGGUCACGCAAUACCUAUCAUAGGACAAUGUUCUUUAAUGUGUCAAUUUAAGAACAUCAAACAAAUAGUCCAGUUUCAAGUCGUCGAAGCUGGGAAGUCACUUCUAGGAUGCGAAGAUUGCGAAACCUUACAGCUCAUAACAUUUAAUGCUCAUGAAAUGGAAAGGAACACUGACUCAAGCAAGCUGAUUGGACUCAGCAAGGAAGAAAUCCUUAAGGAAUACUCAACAUGCUUCGAAGGAUUAGGCCGGAUAUCGGAACCUUACCACAUCAAGAUUGACAGCUCAGUUAGUCCAGUUAUACACCCACCAAGAAAACUACCGUCAGCGCUACGCGAAAAAGUGAAAGACGAACUAGAACACAUGGAAAGAGCGGGAGUCAUCACUAAAGUCAAUGAACCAACUCCAUGGGUCAACUCGAUGGUCGUCAACGAAAAACGUUCCGGAAAGUUAAGAAUCUGCAUUGACCCCCGUGACCUAAACAAAGCUGUUAAGCGCGAAC